AGGAGAGCGGCGGCGGGAGCGGCGGAGGGGGCGGCAGGGAUCGUCCAGGCAGCCCGGCGGCCAAGGCGUGGGCGACGCGUGUGCGGCGCGCCCGGAGCCCCGCGUUCCAGCCCCAGGGAAGGAAGCCAGUUGAGGGAAAAUUCUCCAUGAAUGUAUGUCACAAUGAUGAUGACCGACCAGAUCCCUCUGGAACUGCCACCCUUGCUGAACGGAGAGGUAGCCAUGAUGCCUCACCUGGUGAACGGAGACGCAGCUCAGCAGGUGAUUCUCGUUCAAGUUAAUCCAGGUGAGACUUUCACAAUCAGAGCAGAGGAUGGAACACUUCAGUGCAUUCAAGGACCUGCGGAAGUUCCCAUGAUGUCACCAAACGGUUCUAUUCCUCCCAUCCAUGUGCCUCCAGGUUACAUCUCGCAGGUGAUUGAAGACAGCACCGGAGUCCGCCGGGUGGUGGUGACCCCUCAGUCUCCUGAGUGUUACCCGCCAAGCUACCCCUCCGCCAUGUCACCCACUCAUCACCUGCCCCCGUACCUGACUCACCACCCACAUUUUAUCCAUAAUUCUCACACGGCUUACUACCCACCUGUGACUGGACCUGGAGAUAUACCACCACAGUUUUUCCCUCAGCAUCAUCUUCCUCCGACCAUCUACGGGGAGCAAGAAAUUAUACCGCUCUAUGGAAUGUCAAGCUACAUUACUCGAGAAGACCAGUACAGCAAGCCUCCACACAAGAAAGUCAAAGAGCGCCAGAUUGACCGCCAGAACCGCCUCAACAGCCCUCCUUCCUCUCUCUACAAAAGCAGCUGCACCACGGUGUACAAUGGCUACGGGAAGGGGCACGGUGGUGGGAGCGGCGGAGGCGGGGGCGGCGGCAGCGGAGGUGGGCCAGGAAUUAAGAAAACCGAGCGGCGAGCAAGAAGCAGUCCAAAGUCGAAUGAUUCCGACUUGCAAGAGUAUGAGUUGGAAGUAAAAAGGGUGCAAGACAUUCUUUCGGGAAUAGAGAAACCACAGGUUUCUAACAUUCAGGCGAGAGCGGUUGUGUUGUCCUGGGCUCCCCCAGUUGGACUUUCCUGUGGCCCCCACAGUGGCCUUUCCUUCCCCUACAGUUAUGAGGUUGCCUUAUCAGACAAAGGACGAGAUGGAAAAUACAAGAUAAUUUACAGUGGAGAAGAAUUAGAGUGUAACCUGAAAGAUCUUAGACCAGCAACUGAUUACCAUGUGAGGGUCUAUGCCAUGUACAAUUCCGUGAAGGGAUCCUGCUCCGAGCCGGUCAGCUUCACCACCCACAGCUGUGCACCCGAGUGUCCCUUCCCUCCCAAGCUGACACAUCGCAGCAAGAGUUCACUAACCUUGCAGUGGAAGGCACCCAUUGACAAUGGUUCAAAAAUCACCAACUACCUUUUAGAAUGGGAUGAGGGAAAAAGGAACAGCGGUUUCAGACAGUGCUUCUUUGGAAGCCAGAAGCACUGCAAGUUAACAAAGCUUUGUCCAGCUAUGGGGUACACAUUCCGGCUGGCUGCCCGGAACGACAUCGGCACCAGUGGCUACAGCCAGGAAGUGGUAUGCUACACAUUGGGGAACAUCCCUCAGAUGCCUUCAGCACCAAGACUUGUUCGAGCUGGUGUCACAUGGGUCACCUUGCAGUGGAACAAGCCAGAAGGCUGUUCGCCUGAAGAAGUGAUUACCUACACCCUGGAGAUUCAGGAGGAUGAAAAUGAUAACCUUUUCCACUCAAAGUACACUGGAGAGGAUUUAACCUGUACUGUGAAAAAUCUCAAAAGAAGCACACAAUAUAAAUUCAGGCUGACUGCUUCUAACGCAGAAGGGAAAAGCUGCCCCAGUGAAGUUUUGGUUUGCACCACAAGUCCCGACAGACCUGGACCUCCCACAAGACCCCUGGUUAAAGGGCCAGUUACAUCCGACAGCUUUAGCGUCAAAUGGGAUCCCCCCAAGGACAGCGGUGGUUCCGAAAUUCUCAAGUACUUGCUGGAGAUCACCGAUGGGAACUCUGACGGGAAUCAGUGGGAAGUGGCGUACAGUGGAGCGGCUGCCGAGUACACCUUCGACCACCUGAAGCCAGGCACUUUGUACAAGGUCCGCGCGUGCUGCAUCAGCACCGGGGGACACAGCCAGUGUUCCGAGAGCCUUCCCGUGCGCACCCUGAGCAUCGCACCAGGGCAGUGUCGGCCGCCGCGGGUCCUGGGCAGACCAAGGCACAGAGAAGUCCACCUAGAGUGGGAUGUUCCUGCAUCCGAGAGUGGCUGUGAGGUGUCCGAGUACAGCGUGGAAAUGACGGAGCCGGAGGCCGUAGCCUCGGAGGUGUACCACGGGCCAGAGCUUGAGUGCACAGUGGGCAACCUGCUUCCAGGAACCACGUACCGCUUCAGGGUCAGGGCUCUGAACGACGGAGGGUACGGUCCCUAUUCUGACGUCUCGGAAAUUACCACUGCAGCAGGGCCUCCUGGACAAUGCAAAGCACCUUGUAUUUCUUUUACGCCCGAUGGAUGUGUUCUAGUAGCUUGGGAGAGUCCUGAGAGCUCCGGGGCUGACAUCUCAGAAUACAGGUUGGAAUGGGGAGAAGAUGAGGAAUCCCUGGAACUCAUUUAUCAUGGAACAGACACCUGCUUCGAGAUAAGAGAUCUGUUGCCUGCUGCCCAGUAUUGCUGCAGAUUACAGGCCUUCAAUCAAGCAGGCGCAGGGCCCUACAGCGAGCUUGUCCUUUGCCAGACACCAGCAUCUGCCCCUGACCCCGUCUCCACCCUCUGUGUCCUGGAGGAGGAGCCCCUCAGCACCAACCCCGAUUCACCUUUCGUGUGCCUUGUACUGAGCUGGGAAGAGCCGUGCAAUAAUGGAUCUGAAAUCCUUGCCUACAACAUAGAUCUUGGAGACAUUAGCAUCACUGUGGGCGCUACUACCACUCACGUUGUGAAAGAUCUCCUUCCAGAAACCACGUACAGGAUCAGAAUCCAGGCUGUCAACGAAAUUGGAGCUGGACCGUUCAGUCAGUUCAUUAAAGCAAAAACUCGGCCCUUACCACCCUUGCCUCCCAGGCUCGAGUGUGCUGCUGCUGGGCCACAGAGCCUGAAGCUCAAAUGGGGAGACAGCAACUCCAAGACGCACACUGCUGAUGAGAUGGUGUACACCCUGCAGCUGGAGGACCGGAACAAGAGGUUCAUCUCAAUCUACAGAGGACCCAGCCACACCUACAAGGUCCAGAGACUGGCGGAAUUCACUUGCUACUCCUUCAGAAUCCAGGCAGCCAGUGAGGCUGGGGAAGGUCCCUUCUCAGAAACCUACACCUUCUGCACAACCAAAAGCGUACCACCAACCAUCAAAGCACCUCGAGUAACACAGUUGGAAGGAAAUUCAUGUGAGAUUUUAUGGGAGACAGUACCACCCAUGAAAGGCGACCCUGUUAACUACAUUCUACAGGUAUUGGUUGGAAGAGAAUCCGAAUACAAACAGGUGUACAAGGGAGAAGACGCCACGUUUCAGAUCUCAGGCCUGCAGAGCAACACAGACUACCGGUUCCGCGUGUGCGCUUGCCGUCGCUGCCUCGACACCUCUCAGGAGCUCAGUGGAGCCUUCAGCCCAUCUGCAGCCUUUGUACUACAACGAAGUGAGGUCAUGCUUACCGGGGACAUGGGGAGCUUAGAUGACCCCAAAAUGAAGAGCUUGAUGCCUACUGAUGAACAGUUUGCAGCCCUCAUUGUGCUUGGCUUUGCAACUUUAUCCAUUGUAUUUGCCUUUAUAUUACAGUACUUCCUCAUGAAGUAAGCAGGCCCAGACAGAGCUAGAGGUAUGAAUUUCGUUAAUGCUACACAUUUUAAUACACACAUGUAUUCAGAUAUUCCCUUUUUUAAGCCUCCCUGCUCCACUUCCCCCCCCCCUUUUUUUUUUUUGAUUUAUACACUUCUCUUGUUUUACAGAUUUAGCUAGGCAAAACAAUGGCAGUGUUUUGGUGCACCUUUUUGAAAUGCAAAACUAGGAAGAGGUUAAACUGGAUUUUUAAAGAAAAAAAGAAAAAAGAAAAAAAAAAAAAGAAGAAGAAAAGCAAGCCAGAUACCAAAAGCUAGGUUUCAUAUGUUCUCUUGAAUUUCCAGAUCUGCCUUUAUUUUGGUUUCACUGAUAUCUUUUGCAAGCCUUUUUUUUUUUCCUUUUGUGUUACAGUGUAGUAAUUUAUAUUCACCAGUCACUUCUUAUGUCUUUAUCAUCUAUUUCUGUAAACAUGAAUGAAUCACAGCGUGUGUGUAUUUACAGGGCUAGGAUCCCAGUGUUGUCAGAGUAUUGCCACACCAACAACAUGCUGAAGAUGUGUUCACUCAGACAAGGCUGCCUGAAACAACAUUUUGUCACUCAGUUAUUUAACUCUGUUUAGUUCAUUUAAAUCAAAAUGUGUACUUUAAAAACGUUUUAAUGAUCUGUAUUUCUUAUGAUUUUAACACUAUGAGCUGCCUGUAUCAGAAAUCAAGUAAUCAACAUACACCUAUAAAUUAUGGAGCAUUGUAGAUUUUACCACAUCCAUUCAUAGCAGUAACUUUACGAGGGCAUUGUGCAAUAGCUAGUUAUUUCCUUGUUCAGCUCUUUUAAAAGCUGCUUUAACUUGUCUGUCUGUCUUUGUAUAUAACUACUUCUAAGAUGAUCACUAGAGUUAUUAUAUUCUGUUAUGUAUGACCAGAAGUAUAUGACAACAACUGGUGACAAUUUAGUGCCUCUGCCCGUUGUCCACGAUUUACACUAAUUGUGAGCAGUCUUUUUAAUGCGUCCGUUCAUUACUCUGGAAAGAUUUGCCUGUAGGCUGUUCUUUUGAGGUAUCAAUGAAGCAAUUCAAUUUCAAUACCUGAAUUCGGAGCCCUUACUACUAAUGUUAACAGCAGAUGAAAGUGGAUAAAACCAACAGGAGAGUCGUCCGGGUCUGGACUGCCCUGCCGGUGGGCUGGUCUGGCUGGGUGGAGAGGGAAUGGUUGGUGGUAAGCACAGGGUGGUUGCGGGGUCAAGGAGCCUAGAUUCCCUCCCUAGAUCUGUCACUGACUUGCUGCGUGGCUUGAACGCAUCACUUUACCUCUCUGUGCCUCAGUUUUCCCAUGCCUGAAAAAUAAAAUAGAAUAAAAUAAAUGGGGAUUCUAAUGUUUGCAAGUGCUUUGAGAUCUUCAAUCAACAGGUGCUAUUGGAGUGCAAAAUGUUUGAGUCACGAGAUAAUCAAUUUUAACCCAAAGUCAUUGGAUUAUUUAUAUAAAAUCCAUAAUGUUUGAGUACCUCAGGGACAUUUCAGAGUUGGAGGUGCAAAUAUAUUCCAAAAGGGUGCAGCAGACACAGUGGAUCUCCCUGCUUCUGUUUUUUUGUAUAUUUUUGCUGCUUGGUUUUUUUUUUGUUUUGUUUUGUUUUGUUUUUCUUGAUCAUAGCUGUUCUGUGCUUGGUCUGUGUUGUCUAAGAUGCAGUAUCCUGUAUUUGCUUAUGAAAUUCCCAUACCAAAGUCAUGGGGAAACCAACAUUAUUUUGUUUUUGGUUUAUUUAUACUAUAUUCUGCAUACAGUACUUUAAAUGCCAAUUACAGUGCAAUCUUUAUUUAUUGUAAAAUAAUUUUUUGGUGUACUUAUGUACUAAUUUUCCCUUGUAGCAUGUUAAUUUUUUGUGUUUUAUACUUUGUAAUUUUAGGUCAAUCAUGUUCCUUGGCAGCACCUGUAGUAGUAUUAAUCUUCUGACACUUUUCCUAUGUUUUUAAAGAUGAGAGUAUCUAGUGCAUUAAAUGCCAAAAACAAAAUCCAUUAUCAGUGAUUGAAGCGUUUACAUGUACCCAGAAAACCAUAAUCAUCUCUUCAAAGAGUGCUGAAAUCAGUGAUUAUUCUGUGUGCCUAUACUGAUGUAGUAAGUUCUAGAGAGCUUUGUAUUUUGUUAUUGACUAUAACAGUUUAAUUAGCCUUGUUAAACUGAUCACAUCAAGAGAAAUGUAUUUUUGCCAAAGUCCUGGCCUUCCACAUCUCAUCCCUCUGUUUCAAUAUAUGACCCACUAUGACAUGGCACCUGCCUUUUCUAAGACUUUCAUGCAGGCAUUUUGGAGAGAAGGCCUUUUAUUUUUAUUUUUUUUAACUUACUUUUUAUUUUUUGCCUUCAGCAGUAAAAACACAAAUGAAUACAAAACCCUUUUUGCAGGGGGGAAAAAAGUCUAUUUUGAAACAUUUCAGAACUGCUGCUGUGAAGAAAUUCUCUCGAUGGGUUGAUUCUUUUUAAAGGAAGUAAUGCUUUAGGCCAAAAUAAGAAUAUUUGAUCUUUUCGAGAUUUCCACACCAUCUGUUUGACCACCGGAAAGCUGAAGUGUGUGAAAUACAAGCUGACAGCACUUUGUUUUAUUGCUCUUUGCUAUCUGAUACUCAUUAGAAUCCCUCUGUUACGAAAAUCCUGCUGUCUGCGGCACUGUUUUUUAUCACAAGUAUGUAUAUGUGAUACAGAUCUGUAACCAUAUAUCUUGCCAUUAUACACGAACAGUAAAAUAAAGUGUUGUACCAGCCGUAUCUCUUUUGCUCUUCUGCAGUGCGUGGGAGUGAGUGAGUGGCUUUUGGAGGCGUUCAGUCCUCUGCAAUGGCAGACGUAUCCCUGGCACAGAAAAUUCCAGCCUUGUGAAGCAAACUGCCCUUUGUCCUCAAAAAAAAAAAAAUUGUUUAGAAGAAAACUUUUUUUAAAAAAAAGAUUUUUCGCAUAUUAUCUGCCUUCUUAUCAACCCGAAAUGUUGGCAUUUUCCAACCUUGUUUUGUUGACUACAGUAAUUCAGUAUUCAUGUCAAAAUUGCAAAGUGCCCUAAUUGACUGUGUUUGAAUGUUAUCCUCGCACAAUUGUUUAAAUUAAAAAGACAAAAUGUUUUACCUCACUGUUGGACAUACAUUCCAAGCUUUUCAACUCUAGGAGAGGAAAAAAAAAUAAUCAUAUGUUUUCCUGUAUUGUAAAUUUUAGACUAUUUCAUAUACAUUGUAUUAAUACUGCCAUAUCAAUUUUAAUGUAUAGAUUUUGCAAAUACUAUGCUAUAUGUUAUACCUAACUGUACCUGUAGUGUAUAUGUAAUAUAUUUAUGCCCAAUAAAUGUUUUAAUUCUUUCA